AUGCUCAUAUUCGCCCUGUUCUGCUGCGGGCAGUUCUCCCUCCUCUUGUGGAGCCGAUUCCUGGAGAUACCCAUCAGGAUGACCAUCAAAAACGGCCAGGCUCUCACGGAGAAGCUGCCUUUGCCUUCAAUCACCUUUUGCUCGGAAAAACCCGUUGACAAGUGGUAUGAAGAGUUUUUGGGAGAAGUGAAUAUCCCUCCUAAGUUCACGAAAGAAGAAGUGUUGGACGCGAUGCGUUUGGGCGUCGGUGAGCUGACUCCAUUGUAUGUGGAACAUCAGCAGCCAUUGAACGUCACGCUUAUGGAUAUACUGGACAACGUGCUAGCUUACAAUCAUGUAACGACUCGCGAUUUCGUCUCACGCGUGUCUGUACCCUGUGAAGUAUUAUUGAGCCGUUGUGAACUCAGAGGAAAGAUCGUGCCGUGUUCGGAUCUUUUCGAGCGUGUUAAUGGACAGUGCUGCCGGUUCUAUGAUGAUCCAGAAACAUUCGUCUCAUCAGGCGACCUCUUCAGCAACAAUCUCAAGGUCCAAACUACCAUGGACUACGGUGACAUUUACGUGAUGAUCCACAGACCGCUGUCAGAACCGCUGAUAGAGCAAUCUUCUUUUAUGAUGGCUAAUGGAUACUAUGUCAUGUUCUAUAUUCAACCGUUAAGUAUUGAGAAGUCAGAAGAAGUUCAUGAAAUGGAGGAGGAAGCAGGGGUGUGUGUUCACCCUGACGAACAAGACCUACGUUUCUUUGACUCAUAUGACUACUUUAAUUGUGCAAUGGAAUGGAUCAUCAACGCCAGCAUGGCUGUUUGCGGCUGCGCGGCAACUUAUACUCGUGCACCUGAUGAGUACACUUGUAACUUUACUGGGAUGAACUGUCUUAGGAAGUAUUCUACUCUCAACAAGAUGGUGUACGGCCUACCAAUACACGAGCGCCUAUCACACCUGGCGGCGUCGAAAGGCAUAGAGAUGCAGACCUGUCCAGAAGUGUGUACAUACACGCAUUACAGCUGGAACUUUAAGCCGAGGGUACUGGUGCCUGAUCAUGAUUGUACGGGGUUUUUAAGUGGAGUUGAUCCUAACAACUCGUUCGUGGCGCACUUCACGUACGAAAAUCAGUUUUAUAAAAUACAAGAAUUCGUCCUGAUCACCGAUUGGAUCACAUUAAUAAGUAACCUAGGUGGCGUCUACGGUAUCUUCCUCGGUUGUAGCAUGCUCACUCUAGUAGAACUCGUGUUCUAUCUAUGGACGCGAGUGGUCAGGAAAAUGUGCACAAACCGUGUCCAAACUACUGAGGAACAAUUAAUGGACAAAACUGAGCAACACCGCAAAACUCUGCGAGAGAAUACUGAGCAACACCGAAAUCCUUUAGGAGAGAGAAUUGAGCAUCACCACAAAACUUUAAAGGAGAUGAUUGAGCAAUACCGCAAAGCUUUUGGAGAGAGAGUUGAGCAAUACCGCAUAACAGUGCCGAAAACUAAGCGACACAACAAAAUAUUGGUGGAGGAAACUCGUCAGAAAGAAAUGCCAGAGCCGUUACAAUUCAACAACUGA